ACCAUUUUAUGCACCCCGCCUCUGAGAUAUUCCCUGAAUUCUAAUCGCAUGUUUUGAUUCAGAAGCUCCAUCUGCCCAUGUCUAAGUGAAGCCUUCAGCCUCCAGGCUCUGCCUUACCGCAAUAAAACCAUCAUGGCCUCCAUUCUCCUCGCCAUCCCUCGCAUCAUUCUCGCGUUCGAAUACUUCGUCGGCGGUAUUCCUAGACUCGGUCCUUGGCCAUUCAAGACGCUUCAUAAAAGAAUCUACCGAAAGUCUCAGAAAACGGCGCCAUACCUCCACCCACUCUACCCUUUCACUGAUCAACGCACAAUCAAGCUACACAUGCAAUAUAUAGGAGCUUUGAUGGUCACGGAAGGCUUCUUACUCGCGCUCCCACAUACUAGAGGGGGGAUAUUCGCCCUGUUUCUUGGAUGCUUUCUUACGUCUUCUGGAUACUGGAGUCAGAUGCGAGCCGAUAUGCCUUAUUGGCUUCCAGUCACAAAUUUUGGUCUAGCAUGGCUGGUGUGGUAUAUCGAGAACAGAUCAUAGCCGGAGGAAGAGGAAGAGAUAUUGUCUGACAAGCCUCUCAGUAUACCCCAUCAUGACGUUUACGUACUAGGGAAAGCAAGUCAAAUUUUCAAACUGCUGCUUAGUCUGCACGAUGCAUUUUACAGCAGGAUUCAUUGAUCUCUUGCCAUGAGAGCUGAAACUGUUUAUUGAAUCCACUCCUUUGACUCCGUGUUCAACACUGGCUUAUCGGAGUCUCCUAUCGGGCCAGAAUACCCGACUCUUAAGAACUAGUUAAAAGACUCAGGGACGAGAGGCUUUCUUCCAUAGAUCGACCAGCUAAGGGACGCCAGGGUGAUCAGUAAUCGCGAUAAAGGUAACGGGGUCCAAACGUCUCAC